AUGGCGCUCUUCUUCUUGCAGAACUCAGAGGAAGUGAAAGCGUUUCAGGUUCGGAGUGGUCAGGUGGUGGCAGAUGUAAGCCAGUUGGAAGUUGAACUGCCUUCUGCCGAAGCUUUGGCAAAGUUGCCAAGGAAGUCAUUGACAGACAUCCUUUACAAUUUGAACAUCAGGAUGACCAAUGUCGCCAAGGCAAAUCGUGAAAAGCUUGCUGAAGAGAUGGUGAAGCAGUUCUCCAAAAUCAAGUCGGCUGCCAAGAAGGCUACACCUACCCAGCCAUCUUCUUCCAGCAAUGAGGCACCGGUUGAGAGCGAUUUGGAUGUCCCGACGUCUGGGAACAACAACGAGUUGCUUGGCGAUGAUGGCCAACAGUCCGUCUCGGUUCUGGAUGAGUGGCAUGGUGCUUCCGGUGAUGAGAUGCCAGAGUCUCUCCCUGAGGAAGAUGAGGAGGACAUUGAAGCCACUACGGUUGAUGAGCCUUCUUGUCCGGCAUCGGUAUGGACGGAAGACAAGGAAGCUUCCCUUGCCUUGCUGGAGUUGUUGAACUCUCGCCCGGGUAUCAAUGUGAAUUCUCAUGAGCUCAUGGAGCUUCGCCGGGAAAAGGCGCGGGCUAUGAAGCCUACCAAUGAUGAAAAUGAGGACUAUGAGCGCAUGGUGAGCACCUUGAAGAGCGAAGGGUUGUGGGAUAAGACCAUCAUUGUGCGCUACACCAUCACCGCAGAGAACGGCGUCACCAAGACAAAGCGUGUGCCGGUGGCAUGGACAAGCACUACGAGCGUGGAUGACCUUUACAAUGAAGUCGCCAAGUACAUGGGUGUGGAAACCAACGCCAUCAGGCUAUUCCAUGGUGGCAAGCACAUGAGUGAGCUCUAUCGCCGUGUUGCUGAGUAUGCCAUUGAGGAAGACAAAGAGGUAGUGGUGGGUGUCAAUUUGAAAGGCGGAGGUGUUCAGAGGACGAUUGUCAAGAAGAAGCAGAGAGCGGUGGUGUCAAAGGAAGGCUUUGAGAAGAGCCUUGAAAUCGCCACUCGCGUUGAUGCCAUGACAAGUGCGUCUUUCGGCACACACCUUGACAACCUUUCCACAAAGGACUUGGAGGAGAUUGGAGAUGACUUUGCCCACGGCAAGGGCAACAUUCAGGUCAAGUUGCGCAAUCUCAUCAACUACAGUGCCGAGUAUCAGCAGAUUCUGUCGACAAUGGAAUGCCUUGAAGACACCAAGAGCAAAAUGCUUGAUAGCAUGUUGGAAGCCAUUGCCACAGAGUGUGCUGACGCCAAGGGCAAUUUCAAAGUUGUCAAUCUGAAGCACAUGAUUUCGGUAGCCUUGGGCAUCAGAAUGAAGAUGACCACACAGUCUCGCCAGAAUGCGUCUCAUAAUAUGGCGCUUGGCUGA